AUGCCUCGUAAAACAUCGAAUACCUAUUCAUCACAUAAAGACUUAGAAGAGAUAUCAAAAAGUAUCACAUCUAUUCUCACGCACAAGCACUCUUCUCUCAGUCUUAGCUAUCUUUAUAAUUGCAUGAACAAUUUAGUUAAUAAUUCAUGCACGAACAAGCUUCGAGACACACUCCAAAAUCAUCUUGACAAACAGUUUUCUAAGCAGUACAACAGUUUGUCCAAAACAGCUCUUGUCAACCCUUUAGUUAUAAAAUUUUCCAAACAUUGCUCAUAUUUUGCCUCAUUUUUAAAGAUAUUGCCAAAGCUUUACAGUAGAUAUGAUGAAUCAUUAGCAGAAAAUUCUGAAUAUCGAACAGAAAAGAUUUUGUUUACAAAAUUUAAGGAGAAAGUUCUUAAUCAGACAAAAGUUGUUGAUCUAAUCAUCAAAUCAAUGAUUGAUGUUAUCGAAGAUGCCAGAACAAACAGAAUUGUCUCAGGAACAGCAAAUUUGAGGCAAAUCAUUGAAUUAUUCUAUGAAUACAAGAAUUCCAACUGUGAUAGAAGCAUAUUUGAGAAUUUUAUGGCCAGUCUCAAGGAAUCUACGAAGAAAAAGUACGAAAAUGAAUAUAAUUCCUCAGAAAACUUUGUAGAGUUCCUUAAACGCAUUAAAGAGCUUCUUGAUUUUGAAGAAAACCUUCUUCUCAAAGCCAUUUUCAAAGAUGAAGAGGAUGUCAACGAGAUUUUAAUGAUUGCUCAUGAAAGUGCCAUUUUCAAGAACACAGAGACAUUUGCCAACCAGAAAGACUUCCAAGUACCUCCGAUCUACUCUGCUCUUCAAGACAAGAACCUUCUUCGCUGGUUAAUUCGCGAUAGUUAUCUCAGAUUCCACCAAAAGAAUCAUAUAAUGUGCGAAUUCAUUCCGAAGAUCUGCGAGUUCAUGACAAAGGACAUAAAGAGCUUCGAGCCGAAGUUUUCCGACCACAUGAAAUUAAAUGAUAAAAUUACUCAAAUCCACGAGAUCAUUAAGAAGGUUUUAUCCCAGACCGAGCCAUUUGAGUUUGUUUUCUGCAGCCAGGAGCACAUGAGGAAGAAAUCCGACGAUCCAAAUUUCGAUAUGGAAAAAGAAGCUCGCGAAAAGUUCGAAAAAGCCAUCACAGCUGGCUGGAACAUACCUGCGUUCAACAUUGUCGAGAACUUCGUCCAAUACAUCGAUUUCCACAUCAAAAACGAGAAAAAACGCUUAAGUAAGACGGAAAACGAGAAUUUUGAGCGAACAUGUGCCCGAUUUUUCAGAUAUACAGAGGACAAAGUUGGUUUCUGCACCACUUACGAGCAAGCCUUGUUACAAAGACUCAUUAAAUUUUUGACAAAAUUUGAUGCCGAAGAAAGGAUGAUGAUUGAAACCAUUUCGAAGGAGAAACAGCCAGAAUUCAUGAAAGGCUACAAAGAUCUCAAAGCCUGCAUUGACAAUUCCGCGCAAAUUGAUGAUGAUUUCAAGAAACAGAUCAUGAACACCAAAAUCGAGUGGCCGGAUGGAAUGAGGGAAGUACAGUUCAGUCCCAUUGUUUUUAACAAGAACCAUUACAAGUUGUAUAUAAUUGAACAGACGAAAAUUCCAGAAUUUCUCAGUCCUGUACAUGACAGAUUUAUACAGUUUUACCAAGAGAAGAACAAGAGCAUGACACUAAUGUUGUUAGCUGAUACAUCAACUGUACAGUCCAAAUGGAGAAUCCCUAAGAACUCUAAGUCAAACAAACCAGAAACUUAUGUUUUGACAACUGACAUUUUGACAUCAAAAAUUUUAUCUUAUUUACACAAAAAUCAGACUGAAAAAGUCAGUGUCCAAGACAUAAUCAUGUACACACAGGAAGAGAAACCACUGGUAAAGAAGUGCAUUGCUAAAUUACUUGGCUUACAGAUCUGUGUUCGUGAGAAAACAGUGAAAACAACUGAGAAACAACAGCAACAACAACUGUCUGAUACUGAUUUGAUCAUGAUGAAUAAGGAAUUCCACAUGAAUGGAGAUAUCAAGAGAAUCGUUAUCCCUACUUGCAUCAGUGUACAGAAACAGAACAAACAGAUAGUAACAGCUGAAACAGAAUCAGAGAAAGUAAAUACAACAAAGGCGUUCAUCGUCAGAACUCUCAAACAAAUGAAUACAAUUGAUACUGAUGAUUUGAUCAAUUUGACAAUCGAUUACUUGAGAAGAUUCUUCGUCGCGGAUAAGGAAUUCAUUAAAAAGAUCCUCGGUGAACUCGAUAAUGAUGGUACUUACUUCAAGAAACUUGAUAAGGGAAUGUUGGAGUACAUUAGAUAA